AUGUCGUUGGAGCGAAUACGUCAGUUUCUGCGGCACGGCAAGGCAGCGGCGGGCCCUUUUCCCAAUAGUUUCAAGUCAGAGGAAAAAAUACCUGGGUCAAACGCGUCGCCAAUGGCGCUCUCGAUGAGCCAAGCGACGACGGCGCCGGCGCCGGCGACGACUCCGGUGCCAACGAUCGUCAGCCCUGUUCGUACGCCGGACGCAGAGGGCAUAGCAGAUGGAAUUGACAAACAGAAGCGAACUAAGGUGUGUAAAGCCGAUCUUGAACGUAUCGUCGCAGAGGAGCGCGAGGCAGCAACGCACAAGAACCUGCCCGACUAUCCUGGGCUCCCUGACCGGUUCAUUCUCACCGACAAGAUUGGCGAUGGGACGUUCUCGAUGGUGUAUAAAGCAAUUGCGCGGGACACGGGCGAGGAAGUAGCUGUCAAGGUGGUGCGGAAGCAAAAGAUGCGGGUCAAGACGAGCGAUGCUGUCAUGCGCGAGCAGAACAAGACCACAGAGCGAGCGGCGAUCCUAAAAGAGGUGCAGAUUAUGCGGCGGUUGGAACAUCCUUCCAUUGUGAAACUGCUUUCUUUCACCGAGUCGGACGAGCACUGCUUUCUGGUGAUGGAGCUGCUUGACGGGGGCGAGCUGUUUGAGCAGAUCGUCAAACUGACGUACCUUAGCGAAGAUCUCGCGCGCCAUGUGAUUGUUCAAGUCGCGCAAGGGAUUCAAUUUAUGCACCGCAAUGGCAUUGUCCACCGGGAUAUCAAGCCGGAGAACCUUUUGUUCAACACGAUGGAGAUCGUGCCGUCGGACGAUAAGAUCGAGCAGCGGCCGUACAACCAGGACAAAGCGGAUGAAGGCAAAUUUAUACCCCAUCUUGGUGGCGGCGGGAUAAAGGAUGUAAAGAUUGCCGACUUUGGGCUGAGCAAGGUCGUGUGGGAACAACAUACCAAGACGCCUUGCGGCACGGUCGGGUACGCAGCACCAGAGAUUGUGCGGGACCAGCAAUAUACCAAGAGUGUGGAUAUGUGGGCGCUUGGCUGUGUCUUGUAUACCCUCCUUUGUGGCUUCCCGCCUUUUUACGACGAGUCGAUCAAAGUGCUCACCCAAAAGGUGUCCAAAGGCCAGUAUACUUUUUUGUCUCCGUGGUGGGAUGACAUCAGCGACGCCGCGAAAGAUGUCAUAUCCAACUUGCUUACCGUCGAUGUCAGCCAGCGGUUUACCAUCGACCAAUUUCUUGCGCACGAAUGGUGCCAAACUAGCGCUCCUCCAGCGCACGCACGCAAAGAAGAGCGCAGUGUAAUACCCGUCUCGCUGGACUCGCCACUCCUUGCAUCCAUGCACUCGCGCGAAUUCAGUGCGCAGGACGCGGGGCGCUGGAGCAAUUCGGGCCACUUGCGCGAGGCCAUCGACGUUUCUUUUGCGGCCCACCGCAUUGAAGAAGAAAUGCGCCGCAAAGAUGGCGCGUGGCGAGACGGGAACGUGGAGAGCGAUGCCCAACGCGACGCUGCCACGGUGCGUUUCCGACACGGGCAUGCAGCUGCAAAGGCUAUUUUGGACCGGCACAAUGCACACGCACCAAAGAAUGCACCGUCGCGAAACGCAAAUUCAGCGUUCGUAUUGAGCAUGGACGGUGCAUCGAUUCUCGAGCGCCGGCGGAGGGCCGUAGAGCCAAAGGUGCAGAAGCAGCGUACGGUGCCCCACGUUCGUGCUUAG